GGUGGGAAAAAGGUAGAAGAAGGAAAAAAGAAAAAGAUGACUUUAGCGACCGAGGCGUCUCCUCGCAAUCUGUCAGAUUCUCUCUGACCGGUCGGACACCCUGUAUAAACUCUCCACGCGCGCUCGAUUUGUAUGUAGCGCGCGAGCGCGUCCUCCAGGCGUGCGGCAGUGCGGAUGCGUGCGUCGCGGCGGUCGAAGGACGCCUACCACACACGUGCGCGCGUAUACACACACGCACACACACAGCGGUGGCUGGCGCGCGCAGACAUUUGCACACACUCUCUCACACGUACGCCGUUACCCACCGUGCGGCACCACUGCGACACAGUGGUGGACACAGGCGCGCGCGAAGGGCCGGGAGAGGUGCGGUGUCGUGUCGUCCUGGUCGGUGCGCGGUCCCCGUCGCGGCGUCUCUCUCUACCCGCUGCCAGCAGAUAGCGAAUUCAUAAAUGCCGGCCAACGGAGGCGGCGCGUCGCGGUUGACGCGCGUCAUGCCGCCGCACUACCUGCACGAGCUGCCGGCCCAGGACGAGGAACGGCUGGCGCGGAUCUUCCAGCGCCUCGACCUCGAUGGUAAAGGCCGCGUCGACGUGCGCGACCUGUCGGCCGCGCUGCGCGAGGUCGGCGUGCACUCCCAGUACGCCCAGAAAUUUUUAGCCCGGUCGGACCGCACGAAGAGCGGCGACAUCAGCCUGGCAGAGUUCAUUCAUUACGUGCGGGAACACGAGAAAAAUCUGCGGCUGCAGUUUUCGCAUCUCGACAAAAAUCGAGACGGCAAGAUCGACCUUGAGGAACUGAUAAACUCCUUCAAAGAACUGGGCCUCGAGAUCUCGCGGGAGGAGGCGACGAAAUUGCUGCAACGCAUGGAUCAGGACGGCAGCUUGAACAUCAGCUUCGACGAAUGGCGGGACUUCCUUUUGUACGCGCCGAGCAGCACGCUGCGCGACAUCAUCGAGUACUGGCAUCACACCACGUACAUGGAUAUCGGGGAGGAUAUCGGCGUCCCUGAGGAUUUCACAAAGGGCGAAAUGAAGUCGGGGAUGUGGUGGCGUCAUUUACUGUCCGGUGGCAUCGCCGGCGCUGUUUCUCGUACCUGCACCGCCCCCCUAGAUCGCAUCAAGGUCUACCUGCAGGUCCACGGCACACGACACUGCAAUAUCAUGAGUUGCUUCAGGUACAUGGUGCGCGAGGGCGGCCUGCCCAGUCUAUGGCGCGGUAACGGCAUUAACGUGCUCAAGAUCGCGCCGGAGUCGGCGCUCAAGUUCAUGGCGUACGAGCAGCUGAAGAGGGCCAUCAAGGCAAACGACGAUAGCCGCGAGCUUGGCUUGGGCGAGCGCUUCUGUGCUGGGUCCUGCGCUGGCGGCAUCAGUCAGAGCGCCGUUUACCCCCUCGAGGUGCUGAAAACGAGGCUGGCGUUGCGGAAAACCGGCGAGUUUAACGGCAUGAUCGACGCGGCCAAAAAGAUAUACAGACAAGGUGGUUGGAGGUCCUUCUACAGAGGCUACAUUCCUAAUUUGAUCGGGAUUAUUCCAUACGCCGGCAUCGACCUUGCCGUUUACGAGACGCUGAAGAACCGAAUCAUUCUGCAUCAAGCGCUCGCUUCUCUCUCGUACGACCAGAAAGAGAAGAAACCGGCGUUUUGGAUCCUGCUGCUCUGCGGCACUCUGUCGAGCACCGCAGGCCAGGUGUGCUCAUAUCCGCUCGCGCUCGUGCGCACGCGUCUACAGGCGGAAAUAGCGACCGAACGCGGCGCACCUCAGACGAUGAUCAGCGUCUUCAAAGACAUCCUUAGUCGCGAAGGCGUGCGCGGCUUGUAUCGCGGACUUACGCCCAACUUUCUCAAGGUGGCACCCGCAGUGUCGAUUAGCUAUGUGGUGUACGAGCACUUCCGGCAUGCAUUGGGCGUCAACAUGACGUGAUAAACAUGCACACUAGGCCAUUUUUAUUAAUUAACUCAAUUAAUUUAUUCCCCCCUCUUUCUCUCUUUGUAUCUAUCUCUCUUUCGCUCUUCACUUAUCACACACACAGUGAUAAAUAAAUGAGGAAGCGCGUGUUCGCUCGAUCGUUGAUUCAUUUCUCGUCGAAGAUGAAGAAGAAAAAGUGGAAGAUGUAAGUCAAUGACAAUGAAGACGAUGAUGGUGAAGAUGAUGAUGGUGAUGAUGAUAGUGAUGACAUGAAGGAGAAGAAGAAAAUAAUGGCGCUUAUAUUUAUUAUUAUUACCUGCUAACUCGAAGCAUCGUAUCCUUCAAGCCAUGAACCUAGGAUGAAAAAAAAGGCCAGUUCUCGAUUAAUUAUUACCAUUUAACGAAGAAACACGUCCUGAUUUUAACGGUAACAUUCGAGUCGUCGAGAGAAGAGCUUAUUAUUAAAAUUUUCCGUAUGUGAGGAUAGAGAAACAGAUUUGCACAUUCCACUUUGAUUUUUGGCGACAAUAAGAGAAUUGAAAAUUUAAAUUAAUAUUGUAAAAUUACACAUACACACACAAAUUUACAUUUUUCUGCGUAAAAAGAAAAUUGCUACACGAAAAACUGCCUUUUCAUAAGUUCCGACUCGAAUGUUUCCGGAAAUAUGUUCCGUUACAGUACAUGUAAAAAUAUCAUACACGUGUAAAAAUGCAAUGUGAUGUAACGCGAUAUAACCGACCUGAGACAACGUAGGAUUUCGUUACAACCGUGGUUUCUUGUUUCGAAGCUGGAAAGAUCGCGAGUUGUAUACCGACACUGUGAUACGUAUAUUAUAACUAUACGAGCUGGAUACUUUUUUUUUGUAUGCUUUAGUAUGCAGCACAAUGUUUUUUUUGUGUUUACUAUCGCGCCCGAUGUCUUGUGAACGAGACGACAAAAAAGUAGCGAGCAAAAUCAUGUUCAGAAUUCACAUAGAAUAUUUUCUUACGCGUUCGAUUUCCCUUUAGAGAAAAGCUACUACUGGUACGAAGGGUGUAUGCAUGCAGCUCAAAUACAAAUACAGAAAAUUCGUUAAAUUAAACUUCGAAAUGAAACCGAAUUAAAGCUGAGAAGUUUAGAUUUUUUUUUUUUUUUUAAUAUUAACGACUAUGUCCGAUUUUCGCGAAUGUACGUGAAAACUCGUUGAAAAGAAUAAAUAUGAAAUCUUGGAGUCGAAUUAGAUACAACA